UUCCUGUUGUUGACAUCUUCUGUCCAAUAGACAGCAACUUUCUUACGUUGUCGUUAGAGAGCGACCAGAAAGUUUACAAAAUGGGUCUCGAAAGUACUAUGGUCUGUGUGGACAAUAGUGAAUAUAUGCGCAAUGGAGACUUCUUGCCCACCAGACUACAAGCACAGCAAGAUGCUGUCAAUAUCGUAUGCCACUCAAAAACUCGAGCAAACCCCGAGAACAACGUGGGCCUCAUUUCGAUGGCUAAUAACUGUGAGGUCUUGACCACAUUGACCCCGGACACAGGCCGCAUCUUGUCCAAACUACACGCUAUCCAGCCAAAAGGAAAGAUCUGCUUCUGCACUGGGAUCCGGGUAGCCCAUCUGGCCCUAAAGCACAGGCAAGGGAAAAACCACAAGAUGAGGAUCAUUGCCUUUGUGGGCAGCCCUGUGGAGGACAGUGACAAGGAUCUUGUCAAAAUGGCCAAGCGCUUGAAGAAAGAGAAGGUCAAUGUGGAUAUUAUAAAUUUUGGGGAAGAGGAGGUCAACACAGAGAAGCUGACCGCCUUUAUCAACACUUUGAAUGGGAAGGAAGGGACAGGCUCCCACCUGGUGACUGUUCCCCCGGGGCCCAGUCUGGCUGACGCCCUGCUCUCCUCUCCAAUCCUGGCUGGAGAAGGAGGCUCCAUGAUGGGCCUGGGUGCCAGCGACUUUGAAUUUGGCGUGGAUCCCAGUGCUGAUCCAGAGCUUGCCCUGGCUCUGCGUGUGUCCAUGGAGGAGCAGAGACAAAGGCAGGAGGAGGAGGCUCGUCGGGUGGCUGUUGCUUCAGCAGCCGAUGUCACCACACCCACAGCUGAUGAAUCUGAAGAGGCCCUACUUAAGAUGUCAGUGUCUCAGCCUGAGACGGGUGGCACUGCCGUGCUGCCUGACUUCAGCAACAUGACUGAGGAGGAGCAGAUUGCCUACGCCAUGCAGAUGUCUCUGGCAGGAGGAGAGUAUGGAGAUGGGAUGGCAAUGGACACAGGUGCCCCCAUGGACACAGAAACAGCCAAAGAGGAGGAUGACUACGAUGUGAUGCAGGACCCAGAGUUCCUCCAAAGUGUCCUGGAGAACCUGCCAGGUGUCGACCCCAACAACGAGGCCAUUCGAAAUGCCAUGGGCUCCCUGGCCUCACAGACUGGCCAACCAAAGCCUGACAGCAAGAAGGAUGAAGAGAAGAAGAAAUAAAACUGACCACACAAGGGAUGUGUCCCAAAUGGUGCCCUAUUACCUACACGAAGUAGUGUACUGCUGUCAGAAAAGGGCUUUGGUAAACAGUUGAGCAUUGUUUUGGGGAAGGGGGGCCAUUUCUGAUACAACUAUUGACAGACUUAUCCAAGGUUACAUACAAGAACCUGGUUGAGGGGGCACUAUAAUGACAUGACGUAAAAAAUGACGAGACAGUCGGUAACAUCCACAAAAACCCCGCAGGCACACACAAAUGGACCCCAUAAGACCAAACUGAAAUGCCACUGGCCUUUAAAUGUAAUGGCAUUGGUUAAGAUUGUUAUAUCAGCGUAGGAUCUCAAAAUGGAAUAUGCGUCUAUUUUGGUUUCUCUUUCACUCUGAUUUAAUUCAUCUUAACUGACUGACUGGUAUUAAGUGGUAUUUAAAGACAUGUCCCCAAGCUUGUAAACUAGAGAAUCCUCCUUUGUUUUUCUAUUGCAAUAAAAAGAUGGAUGAAGCUU